AUGCAGUUCGGCAAAUCAAUUGGGACAGCACGCAGCUCCUUCGCUAUCACAAAUAUCGACGAUAUGUUCGCCUUAGCCACCUUCUUUGCCGAAUCGUCUACCAACAAAACCAUGACCCCUAUUACAAUUACUAUCGGUCAAUACAUCGGUUUCACAAUCCUCAUCGUUAUCAGUAUGAUCGGAUAUGGCGUUGCGCUGGUGCUUCCCUCUGAACCAAUUGGUUUUUUUUGGCUUACUCCCAAUCCUGCUUGGGGUCUGGAAGCUGUUAGACAUUCUGAUACCCGCCGAUGA